GCUCCAAAAAGCAACAUGCAGCAGGUCGACGGAACCAGGUUGUUUAAAGACGUGAAGGCGUACUAUGCGGCGGUGAAAACUGUGCAUGAAACAUCCAAGCGACUGUCCCUGACCCUGAGAGACGUGUAUGAGUCAGACUGGGACGGCAUGGACGACCUCACUGUCAUUACAGAGAGUGAGGACUUGCUAUGGAACGACUUUGAGGAGAAAAUAAGUGACCAGCUCGUCCGCACCAUGGAGAACUACACCAGCCAGUUUCCUGAGGUCAAGGACCGGGUUGCGAAGCGGGGACGCAAACUGGUGGACUACGAUUCGGCUCGUCACCACCUGGAAGCUCUGCAGAGCGCCAAGAAAAAGGACGAAGCCAAAAUCACCAAGGCAGAGGAGGAGUUCAACAAAGCCCAGAAUGUCUUUGAGGAGAUAAAUAACGAGCUGCGGGAAGAGCUGCCUGUUCUCUACCAGAGUCGGAUCGGCUGCUACGUCACCGUGUUCCAGAACAUCUCAAACCUGAGAGAUGUCUUCUAUAAAGAAAUGAGCGUGCUAAACCGGGAACUUUACAAUGUGAUGAAGAAACUGGAGACUCAGCACUCAGGCAAAAAUUUCAUCAUCAAGGGUUUGAGUAGCUCAACUGGCAAGUCAAAGAAAAGAAAGUCCCUGGCCAUCUCCAACCCCAUCCCCUGCAACACGGCUUUCCCAGCUGACCACGUCUCCAUCCAUUCCUCCACCCAAAACGGCAAAGAGGCUGCUCCAACUUCCCCCGUCCAACAGACUCAGGGCAUUUCUGAAGAAGACACCGCCCCAGAGGAGAGCGGCGCCCCAUCCGAAAGCAUCACUUCGUCAGACUCGGAUCUCAGCUCCAGCGGUGUGAACACACCCAAGAGGCAAUCUGUGUGCGACGAUGAGAACAGCAGCAAGAGCACACGCAAUGAGAGUCCGGAGGACCUGGAGGCGGAGCUCGCCACGAACCAGUCGGAUGACUCUGGACUCGGGGUGCCAAAGUCUGAGGCGGCAAAUCAGGAACUGUCCAACCCCUCUGAGAUGGCGGAUGGCGAUGAUGUGCAGAGUCUCGACCAGGGCGCUGUGGGCACUCCGUCGUCAGAGGAGGCCAAACCCGAACCUCCGCCUGUUCCGGUCCCCCGCCAGUCCUUCCACUCCACAGACCAGCAGCCUCUGCUACCUGCAGAAGGGGAGGACCAGAUGGAAACGUCGGACAAUCCAGAGACGACAGAGGAGAGAGAUGACUUGAGUUCUCAGAAUCCACCUGGCUUUCUCUACAAGGCGGUGGCGACAGAGAGCAAUGAAUCGUCUGAAGAAGGCCAGCUGCAGUUUGAACAAGGAGACGUCAUCCUGGUGCUAGCUGACACCCAAGAGCUGGACGGCCUGCUGAUGGGGAUCAGGGAGGAGAACUGGAAGCAGCACCAGGAUCUGGACCACCACUCUGGGAUCUUCUCAGGAAACCUGGUCGGCCCGCUGCAGGCGGACUGAGGCCGCCGCCACUCUGACCUUUCUCCUUUCCUCUGAGCUGAUACUGGGUCACACAUGAUGAUGAUGAUGGUGGUGAUGAUGAUGAUGCAACCUGUGGAACAAACGGGACCCAGCUGACGAACAUUACAUAAGUGUUUGGAAAUGUUCCAGUAUUUUCACCUCUUUAUGUUUUUACAAGAUUUCUACGAGCCACUGUGAAACAAUCUUUUCAAGCUGUUUUUAAUGUUUUACAACAAAAUCAAUAAAGUUCUAAAUGAUG